AUGGGGCCAAGCAGAACCGUCUGCUGGCAAGCAGAGCGGGUGGCUCUUGGAGGUGAGGCUAUGGAAUCAUUCGCGGAUCCUCAGCAGGCCAUGUUUGCGCGAGCCGAACGAGGCGCAGAGGAAUCCAGGCCUGGAGCGACACCCUGUAUUGAGGAUGUGAUGAUGGGCAGGAUGUGGGUGGAUGGAGACUUGGAGCCUGGGGAGGUUCAGACGGAGGACAACGGAAGCCGGCCUUCUAUGCGGGGAACGGGCGCGACAGGCGACGCGCAAGAUCGGGCAUCGACGUCUACUCCAGAGGUGGAGCGAGGAGUUGGUGUCAGAACAGACGCUCACAGGGAGCUCGCGGACGAGAAGAAGUCAAUGGUGACAGCGGCAGGAUUUGGAUCCUAG